ACUUCUUAUCCAUUACAAGCUAUGAUGAAAUCUUGUUCUAUCUUCUUCUUCUUCCUCCUCUCCACAUGGCCAUUCUACUUCACUCCCUCCUCUCUCUCCAUCCCCCAAACCUCAAACCCCAAAACCCUAAAAGACCUAAGAGUCUCUUUCUGCUAGGACCGUCUGCAUCUCUUAAAGUCCCCACCUUUAGGAGAGAUGUGGUGCUUAGAACAGCAUCUCUCUAUUUCGUCUCCUUCGUAUUCCAGAACCCACUUCUGCAGUCAUUAGCCGAUCCUUUGAAGUCUCCCAAACCGGCUAGACUCGCCAUUGCCAAUACUAACUCUUGGUUCCAGUACUUUGGCGAUGGGUUCUCGAUCAGAGUUCCACCUCAGUUUAUCGACUUCACGGAGCCUGAGGAUUACUCUGCAGGGUUGUCUCUCUAUGGGGACAAGGCAAAGCCAAAGACUUUUGCUGCCCGUUUCGCAUCUCCUGAUGGAUCAGAAGUUGUGAGCGUGGUCAUUCGCCCUUCAAAUUCCCUUAAGAUCACUUUCUUAGAGGCUAAAGAUAUAUCUGAACUGGGAUCAUUGAAGGAAGCUGCAAGAAUCUUUGUUCCAGGUGCCGCAACGAUUUACUCUGCUCGUACAAUCAAGGUUAAGGAAGAAGAAGGUUUCAGAAAUUACUACCUCUACGAGUUUGGGAGAGAUGAAGAACGCAUUGCUCUAGUAGCCGCUGUGAACAGGGGGAGGGUAUUUAUAGCUGGAGCAGCUGCACCGGAAUCCAAAUGGAAAGAAGAUGAGUUGAAGCUUCGAUCUGCUGCUAUUUCUCUGACGGUCCAAUAACUGAAAAGCGUCUUCUUCUUCUUCAAACAGGAAAAAAGUGAAACGCUCAAUGAAGAAUUUAAGACCAAACAAGACAAAUGGACAUUGUUUUGGAACACUUUUGAGUCAUUCAUGUUCUGUUCUCUUUUUGCCUUUCGUGAUGUGAUCUUCGUUAUUGUACUGUAUAAUGUAAUGAACAAAAGAAACCAAGAUUCUUUUAAACGCGUCCUAGAACGCGAUUUUGCUGGUUUU